CUCUCUGAGGUGAUAAACUGUGUUUCUCGAUUGUUCCAGCCUGCUUCUCUGACAUGGAUUCAAACGCUCUGUGCUUGCUUUCCUCCUUUUCAACUUACUGCAACCUAUGGAGUCACAAAUCUAAUUGCUAAGCUGGCAGGGUGCUGAGGGGAUGAGGCACUGCAGAUAUCUGAGGGCAGAUAAUCCUGUUUGUCUCCAGAACUGUGGAGGCUGCAGGAGGAACGAGCAAGCUGCAAGAGGCCCUGGCAUUUGCCCAUCAGGGCAAGGACGAGCCAUCUCUAUGCUGCUGUCAUUCAGCCCAAUGUCUGGGGUUUGGUUUUGUUUCACCGUUAAAUAAAAGUAGUGCUGUGCCAAGAAAGGUCGGCCUGAAGUUGGAUUCGAGAGCAGCCUUUUCCUGGCUCAAUGUGGAGGCAACUUUUGCUCUACUUCAGGACUCACAGCUACCAUGCAGAUAACUGUCAAGCAAAGGAGACCCUCCAAAAUGAAGAUGGAGAGGCCAAUAAGGCAGCACGGUGGAUUUUCAAGCCUCCGAGGCCUGCCGGGCCCCUCGCCCCGCUGUCAGCUCUGCUCUCCAGCCCCUUCCUGCGGCCGCAGAUCCCCGCCCGCCGGCCCUGCCCGCGCUUCGUCUCGGCUCCUCGUCGAGACGCCCCGGGGCACGGCUUCGGCCCCGUGGGCUUGGCGGUCCUGCUGGUCGGGAGCGGGCCGGCAGUUCCUUGCCCGCUCGCCGCCCUGCUUUGGGGCCGCUGGGCUGAGCCUCCGCCGGCCCCCGCCCCGCCGCCGCCGCCUUCCAGCCGCCUCCCCCCGGAGCGCCGGAGAUGCCCGGCGUGCCACGGAGCCGCCCCGCCGCCGCCCCGCGCUGCCCCCGAGCCGCUCGGCGCUCCUAUGGGAUCGGAGCGGAUGGAGAUGCGCAAACGGCAGAUGGCUGCAACCCAGGAGACCCCAGGUGCUGCUCAGGCUCAGCACGGCACAGGCAACCGAGGGUCCAAUGCCUGCUGCUUCUGUUGGUGUUGUUGCUGCAGCUGCUCAUGUCUUACUGUUAGAAAUCAAGAAGAAGAGAGAGCAAGGAGAGCAUCUCAGGAACUUCAAGCAGAGGGUAUUCCCAACUGUGAGGAAAGCCCUGCUCCUACUCUUGAAGAAGUAAAUGCCUGGGCUCAGUCAUUUGACAAGCUGAUGCUUACCCCAGCUGGCAGGAAUGCCUUCCGAGAGUUCCUCCGGACGGAAUUCAGCGAGGAGAACAUGCUCUUCUGGAUGGCCUGUGAGGAGCUAAAACAAGAAUCCAACAAAAGUGUCAUUGAAGAAAAAGCAAGGCUAAUCUAUGAAGAUUAUAUUUCUAUCCUGUCUCCAAAAGAGGUCAGUCUGGACUCCAGAGUAAGAGAAGUCAUCAACCGAAAUAUGCUGGAACCCUCCCAACACACCUUCGACGACGCACAGCUUCAGAUUUACACCUUAAUGCACAGAGACUCCUACCCCCGCUUCAUGAACUCUGCCAUUUAUAAGGACUUGCUUCGCUCCUUAUCUGAGAAAUCCAUCGAAGCAUAGGAUUUGUUCCUCCCCCCCCUUUCUUAAAUGUAUUUAUUCUAAAACCAAACAGAACUCUGGGCUACACCAAUCCACAGGGAAUUUAGAAUUACUCAGAGAUUUACCUGAAAACAACUCAGGCAAGUUUUGAGUACCGAGUGAGUGAUUUAAAGGCGCACAAGGCUCUGACACAAUCACCUAACUCCAGUUUCUGGUCCGAUUCUGUGUUACUUUGUGAGAGAGAGAAUGAAGAGAAUGAAGUCAGAGUGGUGGCAUGCAAAAAAAAAAAGCAGCAUUUUUUCCAAGGCAGCACAAAACUCAGACCCAGAUCUGCGGUACAAAUGCCAACUGAUUUUAUUUUCAAGUGCAGUGUUAAGUUUUGUGGAACACCAAACCAGUUGUCCCACCCAUGCUGUACCCAAAGUAAAAGCAGCGCUGUGGAUAGCUGGGUUACACUACAGAAUGUUUCACACAGUGUACCAAUUGUACCUGGCACAGGCACACUCCACUUGUCUUGCUAUAUUUAAUGGGUAUAGAGUGUGCCAAUAGCUGUGUGGCAGCCCCCAAGUUUGCAAGAGCUAACGGUUGAAGCAAUGCUGCCUGCAGAAACCUUUUGCUGAAGAAUUGUUAUUUUACUACUAGAGCCUGCUGAAAGCAUUUUGAAGUUCAUAGUGUUGAUGUUUAUAAAGCUGAAAUAUCUACUAAAGAGGAAGAACAAUCUGGGCAUUUAAAUUCCCAAAUAAAGCACAAGAAUUCUCACAUGUUCUUCUCUUCCCUCGGCAGGUAGAUGUAAAAUCCCUUCACUACUGGCUCCGGAGAGAAUGGCACUACCAACCACCCUGCUUUUGUACAUAUUCAACUCUCCCAUUACCUGACAGCUCUUGUAAGGUUUCUAUUACAGAUGCACACACUUUUAAUUAACAACAAAAGGAAGCUGGAACUAUUCUGUUCUGAUCCAGCACUCUUCCAGGCUGUUCCAGAGAAAAGCAGCAGCUCUGUCCACUAAUAAACCACAUUCAUUUGCAAUAUCCCUGAAGCAUUGCACUUGAUUUCUGGUCAGUUCUCCAAAUCUGUCAUCACAGGGAAUACAAGGAAGAAAUUGAAUCUCCAUAAACUGUGGGUAGAUUAGACAAACCUCUUUAUGUUACAUUACAAGAUUCAAUACCUGAAGGGAUCCUACAGGAAGGCUGGAGAGGGACUUUACAUAAGGAUGUCUAGCAAUAGGACAAGGAGGAACGGUUUGAAGCUGAGGACAAGUAGGUUCAGACCGGAUAUUAGGAAGAAGGUCUUCCAUAUGAAAGUGGUGAGACUCUGGAAUAGUUUGCCCAGGGUGGCUGUGGAUGCCUCCUCCCUGGGGGUGCUCAAGGCAAGGUUGGAUGAGGCCUUGAGCAGCUGAGUUUAGUUGAGAGAUGUCCCUGCCCAUGGCAGGGAGAUUGGGAACAGAUGAUGUCUAAGCACCCUUCCAACCGGAGCCAUUCUAUGAUGUGUUACAAUUCCACUGUAUUAAACUUCAGAGUUCACAGCAGAUUUGUAUCUAAUUGAAUGUUUCCCUGCAUUUAAGUAAACCACAUGACAUGGACAGGUAGAAAAAUGACUUAAGGGGAACAAAAAGAAAACAGUCCUAGAAAGGAAGCACCAAGCAUAGUUCAGUGACAUUUACUGUAGCCUUCCUAAAAUCUACUCUUUGCCUAAUUCCAGCACUAUGGAAAGCACAAAAUGGAGAUUUUCUCUGAAAAAAAGGAGAUGGGAAUAACAAGACACAAUUUAGGAGAUCAAUUUAAUUGUUUCCUCUAUGGACUCAGCAGGAGACAUAUUCUUCCCUGACUGCAUUUGCAUUAUUAAAGAAAUAAUGAUGGGACUUUCCAUUAUGCAGCACCACAGGGGAAGACUCCAUACAUGGUAAGUUAACAAUAGCUAUGGAGCAGUUUCCAACAGCUCCUUCCAAAACUAAAAUACUACUGAACACAAAAAAGCUUCAGAUGGCAAAUCAAAGCCUUUUUGCCCUCUGUAGCACAAGAGUGGGUAAGUUAAAAGGAAGCCCUUCUACCACUACUUAAGACAUGGUCCAGUUAGUGGUCCCUGCUGCUGAACAUCACUGGUGCUGGUUAUCUCAGCUGAAUUUCCAGUAACCAUACCCAAAACAUUAUCAACACAAUUUCAGUUCACAAAGGACUACAUAACAGGUACUGACUUCAACAUAACAACCUAGAAACAUGGAUGAAGCAAGCACAAGGACCUCACAGCCAGACUGAUGAUGCUGUGCCAGCCAGAGAGGAUAAAGCGCUCCAAAAGUCUGAGCUGACAAAGUGUAACCAGGCCACAUUUGGCUUGCUGGAAACCUCAGAUGCAUGCAUCAAAAAAACCCCAGUUCAAAGUGUGUCAUUUCAUUUCUUUGCUCCCUCUUGCCUGCACAGACACCUCAUUAAAAGCUGGAAGACAGA